AUGUCUGGGUGGCAUACCACCGGUCCCUUGUAUCCUCCAGUGAUGGACCUACCAUACAGUGUUGCAGACUAUGAUCAGCUGGGCCCGGACCCGCUGAUUGCAGAUGACUUUCCUUAUUCUUUAUCAGAGGGUUUAAAUUCCACAUUGACAGUGGCACAAUUAAAUUAUGCCAGCGAGUUUACCGGAAAUCCGACGGGCAAGUUCCAACCGUAUCCGCAAUCAUAUUACGCGGCCGGCCUUGUGGGCGAUUAUCAGGAAGGCAAGAAGACUGGGCAGUCGAGUACGAUGCUUGGACACCCUCCUUCUACCGCCCCUUUCAACAAUGCAGACCCCACGAGAGGCUAUUUCCAACCGCUCUCCCAGCUGGCCACGGAGCGCGCGCUCUUCAUGAACCGCCUCUGCAAUCAACCCGGGUUCUCCGCGUACGCUGCAUCGCCGACCUCUGAUCCGUGUAGUUCGCCCGGAACAAGUCAUGAUUCCUCCAGUGGGUGGGAAGGGGACCCAGAGAGAGAAGUCAUGGAUCUUCACUCUGCAGACAGCUCUCCGCCGAAGCUGUACCCUCGCACACCUCGCGAGCCGAUCCAUCAGUAUCAACAUAUGGCCGACGAAGACGACAACCUGAUUCCGUUAGAAAUGCCAGAUGGUAGCACCCGCUUUACGGGGAAUUGGCUGCCAGUGGAUCCUGGUGUUGGAGUUACCAUCGGGUCAUGUGUUCACCGUGAUCCCAGCGAGGAUGGGAAUCAUCUGGAUUUGCAAGCCUUUCAUCAUGAUACCAUCGCCUUCAUUCCACCAAACUCGGCUGCGUGGUCAUGCGAGGGGUGA